GUUCUUGUUUCGUUACUUUCUCUCCUUUACCCUCAAGAACAGAGGAAUCACUGCGGCGAUGCCUAACGUGCUCCACGCCCACCAGUCUCACUUAUUCUUCCCUCUCCAUCCGCCAAUCUCAGCCGUGCAUUGCAAGACGGAGGCUUUCCACUUCCCGCAAUCGAUGGCUCCGGUUAACCUCCGUACGAACCUCUCCGUGCGCCGGACAGUAAAGUGUAUGGCGAACCCGAGACGAGUUAAGAUGGUGGCUAAACAGAUAAUGAGGGAGCUCUCAGAUAUGCUUCUCACGGACACUAUCUUGCAACACGCCGUGUUGCCCGAAGCUGCACUUGGAGCCGACCGUUACCUCUCUUCUCUCACCACCAUCAGUGAUGUCGAGGUCUCCAAUGAUUUGCAGAUUGUGAAGGUAUAUGUAUCGGUGUUUGGAGAUGAUAGAGGGAAAGACGUUGCAAUUGCGGGGUUGAAAUCUAAAGCUAAGUACGUUAGGAGUGAGCUCGGGAAGCGAAUGAAGUUGAGAUUGACGCCUGAGGUCAGGUUUAUUGAGGAUGAAUCCAUGGAAAGAGGAAGCAGGGUAAUUGCAAUACUAGACAAAAUAAAAGCUGAGAAAGGAAGCGAAGGAGGGUCAGAAACAUCUGAUACACCAGAGGAUGACCCCGACGAAGACAUCAUCUAUGUAAAGUAAAUGGUCUGAAGCAAGUUUUAGCACCAAACACGAGUGCAUAUUACUCUGUUAACACUAGGUUUCAGUCAUCAUAUGUUCAACUCAUCUAGGAGAGAUCAGUUCAUAUUUUGUGUGAAGUUUAGACAAGAGUAUAAGGAAGAUGUUGAUGUCACGGAACUGAGAAUCAAAGAAGAUGCGAACCAAUGACAGUUUAGCUCACAUGGCUUCUACUAGCUCACAUGACUCCUUCCUCAGUUUGUUAUCUUAUUGCAUUUUUGGAUUAAUUAGUGUAACAGUGUGGUCUACUGUAA